UCUCUCUCUCUCACGGUCCAAUUACCAUUUUCCGAAACGAUAAAGCCCUUUUCUAAGUUUGUACUUUCUACUCCUAUGUUUCCUUCUGCACCACCACCUUCACCAUUACCCUCUCCUCUAGCCUGAAAGAAAGUUUUUUCUCUCUCUCUCUCUCUCUCACCCACAUACACACACAGAAACUACAGAUGUUUUCUUCAGGUAGCGGUGGCAACCCCUUCUCAUACACCAACGAAACCCUAUUCACAGGCCCACCCACGAUUGAAGAAAAUCCUAACUACAAUUCCUCACAAGAAGAAUACCCUCCUCCAGGUUCUCCUGAUCUCCUCCACUUCCCUUCUCCUUUUCUCGACACUGGCGGCCCUCCACAAGAUCAUGAUAUCACAACCAUCAACACCGGUGCAACAAGCACCUCAAACCGCCGGCCGAGGAAAAGAAACGGAAGUGGUGGUGCAACUACAAACCCUAACCCCAAUCCUAAUCCUAACGCUAACCCCAAUCCUAAUCCUAACCAUAACCCUAAAUCUAACUCGAGGAGGAGAACUGGGAAGAAAGACAGGCAUAGCAAGAUUUGCACAGCCCAAGGACUGAGAGACCGGAGAAUGAGGUUGUCGGUUCAGAUCGCUCGAAAGUUCUUCGACCUCCAAGACCUGCUAGGGUUUGAUAAGGCCAGUAAAACCAUUGAGUGGCUCUUUUCCAAAUCGAAAGGCGCGAUCAAAGAAGUCACGAGGAAUCUCCCCCGAGUGAAUCACGGUUGUAGCGUUGAUUCAAAGGGGGUGGUAGAAUAUCAAGAGAGUGAUGUUCACAAGGAAGACAAGGGGAAGGGGAUUGAGGUUUCAGUUGGUGUUCUGAACGAAGAAAACGAAAAAUCGCAUAAAAAGGCGGCAUCGUAUGAUCCUCAUCAAGCAAAGGAGUCGAGGAGUAAGGCGAGAGAAAGAGCUAGGGCUAGAACAAGGGAGAAAAUGAUGAUCAGAGGGCUUGGAGAUUGGGAAGAGGAUGACCUUGAGGGAAACCCUAAUAAUAGCUUGGAUCAUGAAUUUCCUGCUGAAAAUUUUCAUGACACUGCAGGUGCAAAUUCAUCGACAUCACGUGCGAUUUUAGGUUUUCAGACCAAUCCUGGAGUCUCAGAUGGGGAAGAUUCCAACAAUAAGCUUAUGGGUGUUGGUGGAAAUUGGGAGAUGGAGAAUGCAAGAUUAAUCAUCUCUGAAUAUGGUGAAUUGACAAAUAUUUUUCCCAUGACAGGUAAUGAACUUCAAGAACAAAACCCUAACCCUAUUUCAGCCACAAGUGCUUAUUUUCAGUCUCAGUUAAUGUCAGGAAACCAAUUCUACUGCAGCUGGCAAUGAACCUAUUUUUGUAUUUUCCUCAAUUGUUAAAAUAUACUAAUAUAUAUAUUGUAUCUCCCUUCUAUCUCCCCCCAAA